GAGCAAUAUGCCGUGGUAAUACUAAAAGAAUGGAAUCAAUAGCUGGUAAGAAAAAACCACAAGACUAUGAUGCGACAUCAGAAGCGAAUCAAAUUCAUGGCAAAAUUAUUGAUAUUAUGCACGAUUCUAUCGACAACGUUCUUACACUACGCCGUCUAUGGACACAAUCACUACCCAUGUAUCCGAGUUCAUUACGGCCCACCUUACCGGCCCGUCUUUAGCCUGGUAUCUUUACGUCAUUAUAUGUAUCCUUGUGCUUAGCCGAUGCCGUGUGGUCAAUUGCGUGCUCUGUUGGUUGCCACUGAUUUUGACAGUUUUAUACUUCACAGUGCGAAACGACCUGGACAAAGGCAUAAAUAGUACAACGUUUUUCGAAGGCUUCACAGCUGGAGGGAAUAUAGGAGAUACAAAGGAUGCACCGGAAAACAGCAUGGCUGCUCUAAAACUGGCUUUGGAAAGCAAAAACGUUGUAAUGUUUGAUGUUCGUUUGGCUAGUGAUGGAAAAGCCGUUGUAAUCAAGGAUGAAACGACUAACAGAACAAUGAAGCGCAGUCUGAUUGUCGCUGACAACCCCUCUAACAGUUUGACCAAUCUGACAUCCCUAUCUUCUAGUGAACGCAUCCCACUUCUUAAGAGUGUGCUGGACGAAUGCCGAGAGAAGGAUGCAAAGGUUGUGAUACGAACACACGAAAGCUCUGCUGCGCUGCUUUCCGAAAUCAGCGACUACGUCAAGAAAUACCAACUUUACACCAAAGUCGUCGUGACAAGCGGAUUACCCACGGUAUCAUUCUACAUGAAACGACACGACAAAAACAUGCUUACAGGCAUAACUUAUUCGCGACAUGGCGCUGUUCAUUAUUAUCAGAAGACGCAUCCGAAAAGCCUUUUCUUUAAACUACUUGGACAGCUUAUCGACGACUCCAUGCAAGUCUUGAUGCGUUCGCUACUUUUACCGAGAUUUAUUGGAACGGAAGUGAUCUUUGUCAGCUACAAAGAUGUCAGCGAGAAUUUUGCAAACGAUGUUACUGCGCAAAAAAUGCAUCUGGUCGCCUAUGAUGUUAACGAAAAGAAUGAACAAGAACGGCUGCAUGACAUUUCAGUCCCGUAUUUUACCCCAGUCCUCAAGGCUUGAAGAACAAUCAAGGACACAUGUGACUGGAGCCUUCAAAUAAAUAUUUAUCAACUAUUGUUCACAUGAUAAAAUUUGGAAGGCUGGC